CAGAAACAGAAUUGCAUAUAAAAAGUUGUUGUUACAAUUCCUUCCUCAUAAAAAUGACUCGCCAUGCACGUAAUUGUACAGCAGGAGCGGUGUAUACUUAUCACGAAAAGAAAAAGGAUGCCGCCUCUUCCGGAUUUGGAACGUCCUCUCGACGUCUUGGAAAAGAUUCGGUGAAAAAUUUUGACUGUUGUUCACUCACUUUGCAGCCUUGUCACUAUCCAGUGAUAACAAAGGAAGGAUACCUAUUUGAUAAAGAAGCUAUUUUGACGUACAUUAUCACAAAGAAAAAGGAACACGAACGGAAACUGAAGGAAUAUGAACGCCAGAUUAAGCAGGAUGAGGAGGAGCAAGCCGAUAGAGCAAAUGCCGAAUCAAAGAAGCAGUUAGAUAAGUUUAUGUCGUUAGAAAAAAAUAUUGUCAGCAGCAAAACGGCAUCUACAGCUGAAGAGAUCCCUAGUACGAGUGGUGCUAUUUCGAAUGUAUCGCUUGGUAAACGGAAAGAAUUGCCAAGCUUUUGGGUUCCAUCGCAAACACCCUCAGCAAAGGUUGCUCGAAUCGAGAAACCAGAUAGCAAAGUAUACUGUCCUGUUUCCGGGAAACCACUGAAAACAAAAGAUUUGAUCCAAGUGAAGUUCACUUUGGUUAAAGAUGCAUCCGAUAAGAAGUCAUUGAUAGCGAAGGAGAAUCGUUAUAUGUGUGCUGUAACUCAUGACAUUUUGAACAAUUCUGUUCCGUGCGCAGUGUUGAAAACAACAGGAGAUGUCGUCACUAUGGAAUGCGUGGAGAAAAUUAUCAAGAAAGAUAUGAUUCAUCCUUUAACCAACGAAAAGCUUUCUGAAUCUGACAUAAUUCCGCUGCAGAGAGGAGGAACUGGAUUUUCAACAACUAACGAUAACCUCCAAGGAAAGGAAGAACGACCAGCUUUGCAAUGCUAAAUGCGUUUGUUUCUGUCUCAAACGUCUCAAAUGAAAAUGGAAAUUACUGUAAAUUAAGUAAAUCAUAAAUAAAUUUAUUUGGCUUGAAUGUGUGUUAAAGAUGAAAAAUAUGAAUCUUGGUUAGCUUUACAAAGCUGCUGCAGUAAAAAAUGCUUGUGGUCUUCACGUUCACUGGAAAUUUAACCGCUGUAUUUUCGCAACGUUGAUAUAAGGUAAGUCGACGCGAAAACUAACGUGACGUUCAACCUAAAGGAUCAUGAAUUUGAUAAUCGGGAUUAUUGCUAAUAAAUAGGUCCAGGUGACUCCGCUCACUAGGGUAGAUACGCUUAACAAGUUGUCGUU